AUGAACCCACGACGUGAUGCACAACGUCGUGUUGAAAACGCGCUACAAUUAUGGGUUCUUGAAGCUAAAGGAGUGCCAUCGAAGAGGAGGUACUACUGUGAACUCUGUUUGGACAAGACUUUAUAUGCGAGAACAUCCUCAAAACCGUUAGUGGACAACGUAUUCUGGGGGGAACACUUUGAUUUCACUUUGUCUUAUUUAAAAUUCAUGAUCUUUAAGAUAGGGAUUUACGAUAUGCUACAAAAGAUGGACGAGGUGUGCAUUAAUCUGUAUCGUGAAGGUGAUCCGAAAAAGAAAAAAGAGCGUUCGACGUUGAUUGGAUACAUAUUGAUCGCCAUCGAACAACUCAAAAGUCGACAUCCAGUGGAACGAUGGUAUUCGGUUACGACAACUACUGAGGGUGGCAAUCGAUUGGCAUCUGCAUUGAGUACGAAGAAUACGGCUCAUGAACAACCAGCUGUUCGUAUCAAGGCUCGAUGGCAAAGUAUAGAAAUACUACCAAUACGGGCUUACGAUGAAUUUCUACAUUAUCUGUCUUGUAACUAUUUGCCGCUAUGCAAUCAUCUAGAGCCAGUACUUUCCGUCAGAGCAAAGGAGGACUUGGCGACAGCUUUAGUUCGUGUGUUGCACAAACAAAAGCUCGCUAACGACUUUCUUUGCGAACUGGUAAUGUCGGAAGUCGAUUCUUUAGACAACGACCACUUGAUGUUCCGUGGCAAUUCGCUAGCGACUAAAGCAAUGGAGGCUUACAUGAAACUGAUUGCUGAUGAGUAUCUACAGUCUGUGCUUGGAGAUUUCGUACAAAAUGUUUUAACAUCAAACGAGUCUUGUGAGGUUGAUCCAUUGAAAUUGAAUGGAACGGAUUCCACAUUUUACCAUGUGUCUAAACACUUUUAUGAAAACUUGCUUAACAUCUAUUCUACCACUUUCUUUCCAAUGGAACUGCGAAUGGUAUUCAGAUCCUUACGCGAUCGGCUGGAAUCUCAAGGCCGGAAUUCUCUGGCAGAUACACUCAUUUCUUCCUCGAUUUUUCUUCGAUAUUUGUGUCCUGCUAUUCUUAGUCCCAGUCUUUUCAACCUGGUAACAGAAUAUCCUAGUGGAGUGAUGGCGCGAAACCUUACGCUCAUAGCAAAAACGCUUCAAAAUCUUGCGAAUUUUACCAAAUUCGGUGGUAAAGAGCAUUACAUGGAGUUCAUGAACAGUUUUGUUGAGCGUGAAUGGCUGCGCAUGAAAGAUUUUCUUCGGCGGAUAUCAACUGGGCAGUCGCUUCGACCGCCCACUGAGGUCAUUGUCGAUAUGGGAAAAGAUCUGAGUCUGCUGAACACGUACCUGGAGGAAGCGUGGACUCCAGAGAUUCAAGAACGAGCUCGUGUUUCCGAUAAGCGACUAACAGAACUUCGCAAAAUCCUACUGGAUUUGCAUGAGUAUAAUCGGCGUUCCAUAUCUGGAGUCGCACAAUCACCAGUACAUCAGCAAAACAGUAGUGAUUACGAAAAUAGUCCUCAACAGAUUUUGAGACCACGCAAUGAGAACGUACCCGCAUAUCGUUCUACUCCUCCCACUGGGCAGGCAACGGUAAUUACACGGAGUAAGCCGGCACCCCAUCUUUUCACUAGUGACGACUAUGUGUUGAGUACAGCAUUUCAAGGAUGUCUCAAGGAUUCUCUUCAAGUACGUCUUACCAAAUUGAAUAAUGAAACAUUUGUUGUUAAAAAGAACUAUUUUUAUCUUUCAGUUAAUUCAUCUUCUUCUUCGCCGAUCGAUCGAACAACAGCGUUAUCCAUCACGAAUCCGGCUUUUAAUGCCAACCCUUCGUUGUUCGGCUCUUCAGGAUUUGCUGAAAUUCGUCCAGGUCCAUCAGGAAUGGGUUAUCGGCGAUCAAGUCCUCCCCCUUACCAUUCAGACCUGUUUAACCACUGCUCCACUAAUCCAGUACGUUUAUUAAACGUUGAUGUCUCUCCGGUAUUUAGAACUAACCCAAGAGCUACACGAAAUUCAUCCAUGUUGAGACCGACCGUAAUAGAUGUUGUCUUUUCUACUUUAGUGUACGUUUUUAAGGAAAUAAUUCAGCAACAAAAGCUUGAAAUUGAGCGACUUAUUCGUGAAAACGAGAUCCUGAAAAGGCACGUGGCAGCGGCAUGUCCCUCGUUUGUGCAGACGAACAACGAAGUGUGUUCAUUACUCUUACUACAGUAA